AUGUCGAUUAAAGGAUGUCGAUGUUCUAGAAAUGUAGAGGAUAAAGAGGCAAUUCUGUGCUUUCAAUGUCAGCUUGCUUUUCACCAAAACUGUGUCAGAAUAAGUAAAUCAGCCUUCAAAGUUAUCAGUUCCAUGUCUAAUAUUAAGUGGUAUUGUGAUGAAUGCAUGAAACUACUUCCUGACGUAAAGAGUGAACUUGAAGCUAUCAAAAGUUUAAUUCAGAAAAAUGUUGAUAAGACGGAAAGAUUCGAUGGCACUGAUUUGAGUACUGAGCUAUGUAGCCUUAAAAAUGAUUUAAGCAAAAGUUUAGCUGAUGCUGUCAGAUGCGAAGUGAAAAAAAAUAUUGAACUUGUUAAUGAUGAGGUGAGGGGAACGGUUAGAAAGUGGCGGAUUGUCAAACUCAAAGAGCAUCCGGCGAAAAGAUUUCUGGUGAAGACGUUUGGAGCUAUAGUUGUAAAAUUUUAUUUCAGCAAAGUGACUAUUGUCGUUUUCGCAACUUAUCGUCCUGGGUCUUCUAUUCCAUCAUCAUUGUUUUUUGAUGAGUUAUCAUCUGUCUGA